UUGCACGUGUCUGCAACCAAACCCCAAUUUGCUUGCCAUUGGGUUUUUGGGUUUGUCUCAGUAUCUCUAAUACAGUGCUGCACUGUAUGAUAUCCGGGUCUCAACUUAUUUUCUCAAGUUUCUUUUUAGGCGAAGUCCUGUUUUUACAAGGAGAAAAUUGAGUUGUUUUUGUAAUAAAGUUUUCAUCUCUUUGUUGCCAAGAGAAGAAAAGCAGAGAUUUUUAUAGUGUUAGAAAAUGCAGCAUAUCAGGAGAUGCAGUGGUCCUUUGAGAUCUCAAAAAGGGUUGUCUUUAUUUUUGGGCAGAAAAAUUCUUAAGGGAGUAUCUGAUGUGGGUUUGGCGGCCUUUUCAACAUCCAUGGUUGCACAAAGAGGUGCACUUGGCAAUCCAGUCACUAGGUUGCCAAAGUCAGAUUACGUGAGACAUUUUAGUGCCAACGCCAGCCAUUUGACUAAGGACAUACUUCGGCAUAAUGGUAUCCCUGCUAUCUAUGGAGGUCAGCCUAAUAGAGAAUACUUGAUUAGCCUUAGGUCAUCCUUUCAAAUCAUGGAAACCCAUGGGGAAAGCACCAUUAAUAUUUGCUUUGCUAGAUCUUUCGCAUCGAAAGCUUCAAAGAAAGAGACGGAUAAACAAUCUGAGACCAAAAAAGAUGUAUCUACUGUUGAGGAUCCUUUUGAUGCUCCAACAUACAAUAUCCCAGAGAAGCCUGUGACCUUUACAGAAGGUGCUUCCUACAGCAUUAUAAUUCUUGCAGGACUUGGUGUUGCAGCUGCUGCGGCUUAUGCUGUUUUUAAGGAACUGAUAUUUGAACCAAAAGAGUACAAGAUCUUUAACAAGGCUCUGAAAAGGAUUCAAGAUGACAGUCAGGUCAGAGUGAGAAUUGGAUCUCCUAUUACGGGUUAUGGUCAGGAAAGCAGAAAUCGUGCUGCUCGCCAACGUAUUCCCAAUAGGAUCUUUACUGAUGAAGAUGGUGUGGAACAUGUCCAGAUCAAUUUCUAUAUUCGUGGGCCGCAUGGUGCUGGGAAGGUUUCUGCUGAAAUGUUCAAAGACAAAGUGGACAAGCAGUGGAAGUAUACAUAUCUAAUUGUGGAGGUCAUGCAACCUUCGCGAUCCCAAUUGAUUCUGGAGUCAUAUAUGCCAGCGCCAGCACCAGUGGUCACGUAAAACAUAUACACGAGUAUGUCAUAGUUUAGAUAAGGUUUCUUUUGUACGAAUUUGAUCUGGAGUGGAGUCCCCAACUCUUGUCAAUAGAUAUGAAUAAUUUCUAGACAUUCUGGCGAGAUUGAUUCUUAGUUUUCUUUAGAGUUCCAGUUUUGUCCUUCCUAGCUGAUAAAAUUUUUUGUUCACUGAGAAAGCAAAGAUCUCUAAAAUCUGAUUGGUUGAUCACCUUAAC